AUGCCUUCAGCUGCCACAGAAAAGUUUCCCAAGAAGAAGAUCCACCUCAACUUUUUCGAAACAGCUUGUACAGGAAACCAUGAGUGUGCAGGGCAGUGGAGCGCACCUGGAGACAACUCCCGAACCAAAGACCGCCUGAAAUAUUAUAUCGACCUUGCAAAAUUAGCAGAAAAGCACAAAAUAACAUGUAUAUUUUUCGCUGACAGUUACGCUGGUCAUGAUAUAUAUGCUGGGAACAUGGAUGCUGUGCUGAGAGCUGGGACUCAAGUUGCUCAGUUAGGUCCGCUGGUUAUUAUAUCGGCUAUGGCUGCUGUGACAGAAUCAGUCUCUUUUGGCGUAACUGGAAGCACCAGCUACAUACCACCGUUUCCUCUCGCUCGAACAUUCAGCACUUUGGAUCAUUUGACAAAUGGAAGAAUUGCAUGGAACGUGGUUACAAGCUGGUCCAAAGCUGCAGCUAAUGCUUUUGGAAGAGAUCUAGAAGGACAUGACAAAAGAUAUGAAAUUGCGGAGGAGUAUAUGGAUGUUGUCUAUAAAUUAUGGAAUGGUUCUUGGGCAGACGAUUCAGUUCGAUGGGAUGAAGUGAACAGGGUCGCUUAUGAACCGUCGAGGAUCAAGAAGAUCGAGCAUAACGGAACACACUUGAAACUUUCCGCACGACAUCAACUUCAUCCAUCUCCUCAAAGAACUCCUGUACUCUUCCAAGCAGGAACAUCAAAAUCUGGCAUGGCAUUUGCAGCUAGACACGCCGAGGCAAUUUAUAUUGGUGGCAUGGUACCAUCGCAAGCUACAGCUCAAAUAAAAGCAUCCCGCGCAAUAGCAGCAUCAGAAGGCCGGGACCCCACCACAAUGAAGUUCUUCGCAGCCAUAUCCCCCUUCAUCGGGCGAACGCUAGAAGAAGCUCAAGCCAAAUUCGACCGCGCCGCCCAACACGCCGACAUUGUCGGAGGUUUAGCCCAAUUCUCAGGCUACACUAAUAUCGACAUGAGCAAGUAUCCUCUUGACGAGGAACUAAAGCUUGACACUUCGAAUCCGGCGGAGAACAUCAUUCAUGGGUUUCUGGGUAAUUAUAUUGAUAGUAUUAGUACGGAGAAGGAACCGUGGACGCCGAGACAACUGGGUAUGAAGAUGGCGUUGGGAGGGUUGCAUCCGAGUCCUGUGGGGACACCGCAGAUGAUUGCGGAUAUUAUUGAGCAGUGGAUCGAUGAAGCAGAUAUUGACGGCUUCAAUAUCGCAUACGUCAGCAAUCCUGGCAGUUUCGAAGACGUAGUCACGUUAUUGCGUCCAGUGCUGCUAGAGCGUGGCUUGAUUUUCGAAGAUUAUGCCGUCCCUGGAGGAACAUUCCGAGAAAACUUGUUGAGACAGCCGGGCCAGCAUACCCUGAGAAGUGACCAUUAUGGAAGCAAAUUUACAUUUGAGGGAGAUGAUGUCGUGCUGACGAAGGAAGUGGGAGGGUUGAAGGUAGAUGCCAACGGCAAUGGCAUUCAUUAA